AUGCAAAUGCACAUGCGCAAAGUACGUGUAGGAUGGACAUACGUACUACUGUUAACAGCCAAAGGAAUUCGCCUGUCCAAAAUCAUCGUAAGGAACGGGUAUGAUGUUCCUGAAGGAGGAUGGGAGUCCUUUCUGGCUGUCACUAUCAACGACCAUGCCAUCGAUAUCGUCGAUAACGAAGACAUCAUGAGCUCGGUGGCCGAAGUGAUGGCGGUAUGUGACGAGCUGGUGCUUAUUAACUACAUGGCGUCGCAAGCGAUCAUUGAUACGACAUUUAUGUUGUUGUUCUCCUGCAACGGAUUUAUACCCCGUCCCAUGCUGAGAGGCAUGCGCUCCGGUCUUACUUUUCUUGAUUUGGGUGUGACUAUUCCCUUUCUCCGCUUUCGCCAUGAGGAGACAGCUGCUGAACAGCGUCGGCGCUUUCUGGUCGCGGCCAAUGACUGCUGUAUGACCGUUAGUCAGGAUGUUCUACAAAAGGUCACAGAAUUGUGUGCUCGAUGGGUGACGAAGCUGGCCUAUCCCGAAGAUUGGAUUGGCAUUCGCAAGUUACUUAAGCUGUUCAGCAGCUUCGGUCCAAAUGAUAAUCCACAACGAUGGGACACGACGGAUUUGCGCCAGAUUUCUGUGAUAGUCCUAGGCUUACUGGAGAAUUCAUGGCGUGAAUUGCAAACGUCGAAAAUUCCGGCCACCAUCGACUUCAGCAUAAUGAUGCGGUUUUUCUCCUUCAACACCAAACGAUGGAUUUUGUUACUAAACGUGCUGGUAUUGUUUCUCUUGGGAUUGACAGCUUAUAUGCAGGUUCGCCAAACUUACCAUGCAACCGGCAACGAGGCCCUGUACGAAGAACAAAAUCGCCCGGAAGGAGUGCACACGAAGGAUAAUGCGGCAUAUUACCGUAAAGAAAUGGAUGGUAAAAAUGACGGAAAUGCUAAAAAAUCUGACAAUACCAUGGCGGCUAAAUCAUCGUUGGAAGAUACGUGCGCCGCUAGCGAAGGCAAUCCGGUGAAGGCCACGUAUGAGUCAAGCGAGAUGGCGUCUUCAUUAAAAUUUGGUGACCUCACUUGGCACGGAGAUAAAGGAAUAUGGGACGAAGAAAUCCAGAAACGCUUUUACGAGAAUUAUCUUAACACGGAAGCCGAGCAGAAUCGGUCGCUUAAAGUGUUCCUUGUACCGUUUUCACAUGCGGAUCCCGGAUGGUUGCAGACUGUAGAUGGAUAUAUGGAAGGUUCCACGAAACACACAUUAAACUUAAUGGUCGAACAUCUGACACUGUGGAAAGAUAGGACAUUCAUCUGGGCGGAAAUCAGUUUUUUCGAAAUGUGGUGGAAUACGAUUAACGAAACAAUCAAGGAGCAAGUGCGCACGUUGGUCGAAGAGGGUCGACUGGAAUUCGUUAACGGUGGCUAUGUAAUGCCGGAUGAGGCAAAUUGCCACUACUACGCUAUUAUCCACCAAUACGUUUACGGUCAUCAGUGGCUGCAUCAAACUUUUAACAUCACCGUCAAACACGGAUUCAGCAUCGACCCUUUUGGCUAUUCUUCGACAAUGCCAUAUAUUCUGAAGAACAUGGGUUUCGACAGCAUGUACAUUCAGCGCAUCCACUACGUCAUCCGGAAACGUCUGGUUCACAGCGGUGUGUCACAGUUCUUGUGGCAGCAGCCGUGGGAUAAAUCCAGUACGGACUCCAUGUUCUGUUACAUAAACCACGGCACCGUGUAUACCCUCAAAUACACAUGCGGUGUGGAACCCCACGUGUGCAAAGAAUUCGAUUACGAAACUCCAAGGCAACUAGACGAACGACUGGUCCCCACAGUCAGCCGGCAGCUGAUGGAUCAAUUCCGCAAACUAGCCUAUCUACAUCCGCACAAUAUCCUCUUAAUUCCGAUGGGUGAUGAUUUCCGGUGGGGGAACAAACUGGAAUGGGACGCUAAAUACGGGAAUUUCAAAAAGAUUGCUGACUAUUUGAACAGUGAUCCGAAAUAUCGGGUGCACAUUCAAUUCGGCACAUUCAAAAACUAUUACGAUGCGGUAUUUAAAGCCAUGGGCAAACCGGGGAAAGAGUGGAAGACACCGGUAUUAAAAGGCGAUUUCUUCCCGUACGCCGAUCGGUACAUGGAAUACUGGACCGGCUAUUUCACGUCACAUCCGUAUCAGAAAUCGCUGAGUCGGAUGCUGGAGCAGCAACUACGAACGGCGGAGAUUUUAUACAGUAUUGCCUUGUUGCGCAACGAGAGGCUUGAUGAUGCAAAGCUCACUGAAGGCCUCCAGAAGGCUGCACGGAAUCUUGGAUUAUAUCAACAUCACGAUGCGAUAACCGGUACUUCAAAACAAGCGGUUUCCGAUGAUUAUGAGCUGCGCUUGUUGGACGGUUUGAACAUGACUGACAAAGCCAUUACACACAUAGCGGCCGCUCUCUUCUAUCCAGAAAGCACCGCACCGAAGUUGUUUGAAUCACAUUCCACAAUAAAAAAAUCUGGUGACCUUCCUUCACAGCGGAUUAUUAAAUUAAACGAGGAGGGAGCAGCGAAAUAUGUCGUUAUUUUCAGUUCAUUAGCCUCCGCUCGCCAUGUGACAGCUGAUCUGUAUGUUGAUACCGAAGAUGUUGUCAUUGAGGACGAACAGGGCCACGCCAUUCAGUACCAAGUUAGCCCCAUGCUCGAUCCGCAAAGCAACAGCGGUAAAAUCUUGGAUAACGGAUUCCGGCUGACCUUCGUGACGGAAUUCAAAACCAUCGGAUUUCAAACCUUUACCAUAAGGGCGGCAAACGAAAGUACGCCACCAAGCCAGCAUGCGACACGUAUAACCGAAAAGGUCACCGAUUUUUCAAAGGAUAUCAUUCUGUCAAAUACACUGGUUUCCGCGGAAUUUUCUCCUGUGAGCGGUCUGUUGAAAGCAAUAACUGACCUUUCUACCGGUAUACGACGCCAUAUACGGAUAGAGUUUAAACGUUAUGAAACCACUCAGAGUGGCGCGUACAUUUUCUGGCCGAACGCCAUAGCUGACCUUUUACCAGAUUCACAUACCGUACGAAUACUGGAAGGGGACAUUUAUUCGGAAAUACAUGUCAUGUUGCCGGGCAUUUUGUAUCAGACAGUGCGUUUGUUUCAUGUUAACGGUGAUUUGGGAAAAUACCUGGAUGUGAAUAUUGUGGAUAAUUUGGCUUCGCAACGUAAUCUGGAAGCUGUAUUGCGGUUGACGACAGAUCUGCGUAAUGACCUUACAUUUUUCGCGGAUUCCAAUGGAUUCCAGAUGGUUAAGAGAAGAGCCUCUCAUGAUUUGCCAACACAAGCAAAUUAUUAUCCAGCAACUAGCAUGGCUUUUAUGCACGAUAAAAAGAGCCGGUUGACGAUCCAUUUGGCGCGGGCACAUGGUGUUGGCAGUCAAGAUGUCGGUCAAAUGGAAGUCAUGUUCGAUCGGAUUCUAACUCAGGACGAUGGUCGCGGCUUGCAGGAAGCGUUAAAUGAUUAUCAUUCGGUUCACACGCAUUUGCGUAUUCAGCUAGAGACGAACGGCUACUGUCGUGCUUGUGCGACGUCAGCUGACCCAACAGCUUUGGCGAAUCGUGUGAAUCUCGAUUUGAAUUAUCCACCAACGGUUUUAACAGCCAACGUCCAAGGAAACGAAACCAGUCUUGGAUCCAGGCUAACCAAACUGACCGGCUCACUACCGUGCAGUACUCAUCUGGUGCUGCUGAAACCGCUAUAUGUACAAAGACGUUCAUUUGGAGCUAUUUUUCAUAAGCUGGGAGCCGAUUGUGAAAGCGGAGACGGUGGCGAUCCACAAGAAUGUGUCAAAGAUGAUGUCAUAUAUUUGAGCAAAUUUCUGCGCUCGAAUAUACAGAACGCUACCCGAAGCACGCUUAACUUUGUUAACCAUAUCGGGAAUACUGGCACAACUGCCGUUGUGGAACUAGAGCGAAAGAAACUAACGGCGGUUAAGUUUUUGCUUGCACCAGGAAAAUUUUCGUUUUUUGCAGAUUACGAGUAUGUUAAUAAGAAUUUGUACAAAGGAUAA